CACUGGCUGGGGCCGGGACUCUUGGCUACAGACAGCUGCGGUGGUGGCGGCGAUGGUGGUGGUGUUGGUGUUGUUCGGUUUGAUGUGAUGGUGAAGGUGAUGGUGAUGUGGCGCACUGGGGUUGCUUGUUUGCCUGCUUGCUACCUAGGUAGGUAUGGUAUGCAACUCGCGCUCUGGCCCGCCCUCUCUCUCUCUCUCUCUUUCUCUCUCUUUCUCUCUCUUUCUCUCUCUUUCUCUCUCUCUAUGCGUUCUUUACUCUCGCCUGGCGUUUCCACGCCGCGUUCUCCAUCCUGCGUUGUGCGUUGUGCGUUGUGCGUUGUGCGUCCUGCGUCCUGCGUCCUGCGUCCUGCGUUGUGCGCUUCCGACUUCCAACAGCUUUCUCGCUUUCUCGCCUGCAUCUGCUUUGCCUAGGUAUCUUGUCUUUGCUUCUUCAGCUUGCUUGCUUGCUUGCUUUGCUUGCGUGGUUUGGGCGGGUUGGUUGGAUUGGCACGCUUUCUGGACCUACCUAUCUACCCGCGUUUUUUUAUCUCUUCUGAGCGUCUACAGCGUCUACAGCAUCUACAGCGAUGGCGGGUGGUGCAAAGCUUUGUCCUUGUUCUUUUUGUUGUUGUUGUUGUUGUUGUGGUGGUGGUGGUGGUGUUUUGUUUGUUUGAUUGCGCAGGGCGGCUUCUUUGCUUGGGCUUUGCUGGCUGACGUAUACGUGCGUGCUUACCUACUUUCUUGCUUCUUACUACCUAUAGAUUCGCUUUUCUGUUCUUCCCUGUUCUGUUCUGUUCGGUCGGGUGGGCUUGUCUUGUCUUGGAUUGUCUUGGCUUUUGGUGCGGUUUGGUUUGGUGCGGUUUGGUGCGGUUUGGUGCGGUUUGGUCGGUUUGGUGCGGUGCGGUUUGGUUUCGUGCAGCACUGUUUGGUUGGUUAGUUGUCUGUUUGGUGGGGUUUAGUGUUUUUACUUUUUUACUUUUUUUUUUAGGGGAAUGCCCUUUGCCGUACAUAUAUAAUAUGUACGCCUUUUGAGGACCGUACGCUACUGUACCUGCCUGCUGUUUUUGAGUGCCGUGCGGUUUAGCAGGCUUGCUAUGCAAAGAAAGUUUUUUUUUUUUUUUUUUUUUUCUUCUUCUUCUUCUUCUUGUUGUUGUUGGUUUUGGUUUUUGGUCGUGUUGUGUUAAGUCGAGGUGAGUUGAGUCGAAACUGGGCUUUUUCGAGGCUGUUGAUUGUUACUACCUACCUACCUAUGUGUU